AUGAGGCAGAUCCGGGAGCAUCAUCGCGUUCUCUUCUCCGCGACGCACCUGGACGCCCUGUUUGAUCUGUCUUUGAGGCAUAUCUCCGCUGACCCAUUCGCACCCUUUAACUUUGUCCGCGCUACGAGGCAGCAAAAUCCCCUAGAUCGGGCUUUUACCUCCCACUUGAUUCACUUCCUAGAGGUAGGUAAGCGGGCCCCCUACGAUGAGACUGCCGCGUAUAUCGCAUCGGCCAUCCUGAUGGAUGCCUACCCACCCGGCAUGCAUCGUUUCCAGCCAUCAACAGUGUUCAGAACUCUAUAUCGUGACGCUUGUUAUCUGGCCCUCCAGCAUUGCUACAGUGCUGAUGUCGUCGUGUCUAUACAAUGCAGGAAAAUCGAAGAUCGUUUGAUUGGGCUAUUUGAGGAGAUGGUUGUGGAUUCCACACCAUCGUGGGAGAUCCACCGGCGCAAUCUGGAGAGCCAGGGGAAAUUCUGGACCCAUGCAUUGUCGAACAAAACGUGUCUGGUAUGUCUCAGACGUUAUCCGGAGCACACACCGGUGUGCGGGCACUCGAUCUGCGAUACCUGCACUGAGGUCUUCGGCGAGCCCUGCCCGCAUGCGGAUAAUGAGUACAUAAUCCGUCAGUGUGUGGUAUGCGGUGUGCAGGGCAGCCUCACAGUGAGAUUAAAACCACCCACCGCGGCACCACGAGUGUUGAGUAUUGAUGGAGGAGGCCCUCGUGGUGUGAUUCCCUUAGAGAAUCUGGAGAUCCUACAGGAGAUCAUUGGGCCCGAUCUGCCAAUUAGUGAUUUCUUUGAUCUCAAGGUGGGCAGCAGUUCGGGGGGCCUCAUUGUGCUGAGUAUGACCAUGCGCGGUCUGGAUAUCACGCAAUGUAAGAGCCUUUUUCGGUUAGCAUUACACCCCCACUCAGCGGCUUUAUGGCACUCCAACGUCUCUCGUGUCCGCGGGAAAGGUAGCGGUGACAACAACGUCCCUCGACGGCGAUCCUUUCAUCUUUACCAACUACAACGGUACUGCGCCGCGCAGGACAAAGCCAGGUUCGGACUACUGAUGGGCCGUAAGGAUAGCGCUGACAUGUCGCAGCAUAUGAACGACUUCGCCCAGAUAUCGAGGAUGAGCCAUUUCGCCCGUGCAACGGCAUCUGCCCCUCUGUUCUUCUCCACCGUUCAUUUACCGGGCCUGGGCUCCUUCCAGGACGGAGGAUUGCCGCGAUAUAACAAUCCGGCGCAUGUCGCGGAAUUGGAAGCCAAACAUCUGUGGCCCGAGGGACCAGAUCCCGACAUAUUCAUUACACUGGGAACUGGAUCGGAAACUCGCUGUGCAAAACCUUCUGCUUUCCGGAAUGUGCUCGUUGAUGGAUGGAUUCCCAGGGUAUAUCGCGCGAUGCAACGAACAUUUGACGGUCGAGUCACAUGGCUAGACCAGUAUGCUCGAUUGGAUGACACGUCCAAGGAGCACCACUUCCGAUUUGAUUCCCUCUUCGGUGGGCUGCCACCGAUGGACAACACAGACUGCAUGGACUACCUAUCAAACCAGGCACGGAUUCAGUCGAGUUGGCAAGACAGCGGCGAGGCGGCAUUGACCUUGUUGACUUCCAGUCUUUUUUUCGAAUUAGACGCAAAGCCUGAGUACCGAUGCGGUCUCUUCCGCUGCAUGGGCAUGAUUCGAUGUCGUGCUCCGCCUGAGCCGUUAAUUCGAAAACUUGCACAGCUAGAGCCUAGUUGCCAGGAAUUUUUCAAGGACGGUCUCAAUCUUGGCCUCCACUUAUCUGCCAAUGAUAUUUGCGCUGCCUGCCAUCGAUACUCGCUCUCUGUGUACUUCUACGUCCGAAAUCUGGAUGAAAAGGUCACUCUGUCUCUACGGCUAGGAGCUACAAAGCGUCGACUCAGUGCGUUCCCGAAAAGCAUGCAACAGUUCAUUGAGGAACAGAAACUGGAUUCUCCAUUUGGGGUCCCCAACCACAGUAUUCCAUUACAAGUACAAUGUCCGACAUGCCGAGCACCGACGAGAACUCAGAGGAGAAAAAGGAAGUACACAGAGCUUUGA